CUGAGAACUUGUGCAGAUCUCUUCCGGCUGGUUCCCUUCCUGGUGUUUGUCAUCGUCCCCUUCAUGGAAUUUCUGCUGCCUGUAUUCUUGAAACUCUUUCCUGAAAUGCUGCCCUCGACGUUUGAGACAGAGUCCAAAAAGGAAGAAAAGCAGAAAAAGAAGUUAAACGCAAAGCUGGAGUUAGCAAAGUUCUUACAGGAGACCAUUGCAGAGAUGGCCAAGAGGAACAAAGCAGACACAGGACAAGGAAAACAGUUCUCCUUGUACGUGCAGCAGGUUCGCCAGGCGGGCCAGCCGCCCAGCACGCAGCAGAUCGUCGGCUUCUCCCGGCUCUUCCAGGACGAGCUGGCCCUGGAGCACCUGGAGCAGCCACAGCUCGUGGCCCUCUGCAGGCUGCUGGAGCUGCAGCCCCUGGGCACCAACAACCUGCUCCGCUGCCAGCUGCUGCUGCGCCUCAGAACCACCAGGGCCGACGAUGAAAUGAUUGCCAAGGAAGGAGUGAAUGGCCUGAGCGUGUCGGAGCUGCAGAGCGCGUGCCGAGCCAGGGGGAUGAGGUCCUUGGGUCUCUCAGAGGAGCAGCUGAAGGAGCAGCUCCAACAGUGGCUGGAUCUGCAUUUAAAAGAGAAUGUUCCACCCUCUCUGCUCCUGCUUUCCCGUGCCUUGUACUUGAUAGAGGUAAAGCCACAAACCACUCCAGUUCCACAGAACAAGAUGGGUGAGACUGCUGCAGGGGUGACAUCUGUUCUUGAAGGUCAGGAGACCCUGGUGGAUCCUGCCCCCAGUCUACAGGGAAGAAAGAAUGAAGAGUUUGUGUCCCAGCCAACAGAGAAAGUGCUGGUCUCAGGAGUGUCAGCAAAGCCUCCCCCACAAGAGACUAAACUGGAAGCUCCUCAGAGCAGCGAGGCCAACGGUGCCUAG